AUGUCUAACUUCACCACAACCAGGAUGAGCGGGUCCAACGGCGCUUCUGUUCGUCCCAUAUUCGCCUCCAAAACGACCUACGAGGCCCUUAAUGUUGACUUCGGCGAGGAAUCGAAUGAGGAACAUGUGUCUGAAGUCGAAGAUCCCGUGCCGGACAGUGCCGCCCCAGAAUCUGUGAAGAUGACGAAGUCUGCUAUCAAAAGAGCAAACCGAUUAGCUCGUAUUGAACGAAAACAGCGUCAAAAGCAACAAAAGAAAGCCAGCAGCGAGGAGAGCAAAAGCACGACCGUGUCUGGCACCACCACGCCUCUUGUGCAGCCUGAAUUGAGGACAGAGGCGCCAGUGGAAACUGUCGCACCCAAACCCGAACCCAUUCCUGGAGCUCCAGUCGCCGCUGCACCAAUUGAAUCUCAGUCCUUCGAAAAGGUGCACGAAGAGAAAUCUAAUGGUACUGCGCAUCCAAACCGCGUCGAAGUCACACUCGCAGCCUCCUCGCAACUCCCUGCCGCAGAGAAACCUGUCGUCGAAACGUCGGACAUUCUAGUUGAUUCAGACACCAAGCCUGGAGUCCAGCAGGCGCUUUCGCCGACACAUGGCUUAGUUAUGCCACCAAGCACAACCGAAAGCGCACCUCCAGUCCAAGACGCGGAACAGGUCAAGAAACGCCAAAACGCUCUGAACCGUAUAAUAUGGACUUUCAUCAUGAUCGGAGGAUUCAUUGGCCUUUUAUUACUCGGACAUGCUUACAUGAUACUUCUGGUCAUGCUCUGCCAAACUCUUGUGUACAGAGAGGUAACAGCGUUGUUCUCCCUCAAGACCGCAACUCCAGAAGGGCGCGACGUCGAUCAACUCAAAGGGAAAAAGGAUCCAUGGAGCAAAACCCUCAAUUGGUACUUCUUCGCGGUGACAAACUAUUUCUUAUAUGGUGAAAGCAUCAUCUACUAUUUCAAGCAUGUUGUAUUUGCAGACGCAAACCUUUUACCUUUCGCGACGAAUCAUCGCAUGAUUAGCUUCACAUUGUACAUCAUUGGGUUCAUGGGCUUCGUCAUGUCACUCAAACGAGGUUACUUGAAGCAACAAUUUGGUCUCUUCUGUUGGGUUCAUAUGAGCUUGCUUUUGAUUGUUGUGUCAAGUCACUUCAUCGUCAAUAGUAUUUUGGAGGGGCUCAUUUGGUUCUGGGUCCCUGCGUCGCUUGUCAUUUGUAACGACAUCUUCGCCUAUAUCUGGGGGAUAACAGUGGGUCGGACGCCACUCAUCCGGCUCUCUCCCAAGAAGACCGUGGAAGGCUUUGUUGGUGCUUUCAUCAGCACCUUGAUCUUUGCGAUCCUGUGGGGUUCGUAUUUCAUGCGGUUCGACUAUAUGAUAUGCCCCGUCCACGACCUUGGCGUAAGCGCCUGGAGCUCUACUCAGUGCACACCGAACCCAGUUUUUGUAUGGAAAACGCUGGAAUUAUGGAAGCCAUUGUCCAUGAUUUUGUCUCCUGCGGCUGGCCGCACUGUUGGUUCCAUCUCAUAUGCCCCUUACCAUUUGCAUUUGUUGGUGCUGGCUUGUUUCGCGUCGCUGGUUGCUCCGUUCGGAGGAUUCUUCGCUUCUGGAUUCAAGCGAGCAUUCAAUAUUAAGGACUUCGGUCACAGCAUUCCCGGCCAUGGUGGAAUGACUGACCGCAUGGAUUGCCAAUUCUUGAUGGGUGUCUUCACCUAUGUGUACUAUAGCAGCCUCAUCCGUGUCCACAGCGCUACUGUCGGAGGCAUUAUGCAAAUCAUCGUUAGUGGGCUGACAGUGGACCAACAAUUGGAGCUCAUCCGCGACUUGACAAGAUAUCUGGAGAGGCAAGGCAUUACCGUCGCAUGA